AUGUCUGUACAUAGUUUUAAUGACACUGUCUCUGUUAUCGACUUAAGUCGAGAGCGUUAUAGUUCCAUGUCAUCGGGAGUUCAAAGCUACCCAGCCAAUCAAUAUCGGAUAUCGCUCCAAAGUAUAAAUGAUGAUGAUUUGGAAUUAUUUCAUCGUGAUUUAGUGACACCCACACCUUCAGUCUGUGAUGAAGAAGAGGAUGAUUUAUUUUCUCGUAACUUUGUGCGAACAAGGUUUCCUCGACCUGCAUCAAGGACAGAGAGUGUCAUGUUGUUUAAGAAAAUCAACAAUGGUGAUAAAGAUGUAUCAGUGGAUCCUGUUUCAAAUGAGGUGCUUGAAACCGAUUCUUUCAUGGAUAGUUUUUCUUCUCAUUCGGAAAGCCGAAUGCAUCAUCAUACUUAUCCUGCAAGAACAGAUAUUAUCAAACUGUUGAGUAAAAAGAACGAGAAUGUUACUAAUAGUAGAAAUCCGUCGUCCACCAGACGCAUUUCUAACGAAACACUUGAAAGCCUAUCAGCCCGUUUAAGUCGAAUUAAUCGUUCGAAUAACACUUCAAGGACUGAAAGUCUCAGCUUAUUUAAGAAAAUUAAGAAUGGAGAUAAAGAUGUAUCGGUGGACCAUCUCUCUGAAGAGACACUUGAUACAAAUUCUAUAAUGAACGGUAUGCCAUCCCGUCCUCAAGAUACAAGAGAUCUGCAAUUACCGCAACACCUUUGGAAAAAAGGAUGA